AUGUCCCAAGACUCAAAGAAGGCCCCAGUGGUGCCUGAUGGUUGGCUAGCCAAAUUUGAUGACAAGUAUAGUACGUGGUAUUAUGUUGAUUUAGCUACAAAGAAAUCACAAUGGGAGGCUCCAAAAGGAACAAGGUUUGAUACUGAUGGCAGUGAUGUUGCUCCCCCGCCAUAUAACCCCAAUUCGAAGUCCAAUGACAAGAACAAUAGUGGAGAGUCCAGAAGUGGUAGUUAUGGAGGAGGGCACCAAGGUGGUGGUUACGGAGGUGGACACCAAGGUGGUUAUGGAGGUGGACCUCAAGGUGGCUACGGUGGAGGUCCUCAAGGUGGAUAUGGUGGAGGCUACGGUGGCCCUCAAGGUGGCUACGGUGGUGGCUACGGUGGACCUCAAGGUGGUUACGGGGGAUACCCUCCACAAGGUGGUUACUAUGGUGGUUAUCCUCCUCAAGGUGGAUACGGUGGCUACCCUCCUCAACCUCAAUAUGCUCAACAACAGGGCCGUAAGAGUGGUAUGGGAGGCAUGGGAGGUAUGGCAAUGGGUGCAGGUGCUGGUUUACUUGGUGGAGCAUUACUUGCAAAUUCCUUUGAUCAUAUGCAAGAGGAUGCUUAUCAAGAUGGGUUCCAAGAUGGAGCUGAUUUUGAUGGCGGAGGAGGAGAUUUCUAA